CCAGCCUCUGCCCCCAGCCCUGACUCUGUGACUCUCUCCCCAGUGGACGUGACUCUGGAUCCAGACACGGCUCAUCCCAGACUCAUCCUGUCUGAGGAUCAGAAACAUGUGAGAUUCGGAGACACAUGGCAGGAUCUGCCCAACAAUCCUGAGAGAUUUGAUCUUUGUCCCUGUGUCCUGGGUGUUGAGCGGUUCACGGGUGGGAGGAGUUACUGGGAGGUGGAGGUGGGAGACAAGACUGAGUGGGACCUGGGGGUUUGUAGGGAAUCUGCGAACAGAAAGGGGAAGGUCACACUCACACCUGAGGAUGGAUACUGGAUCGUGUGGCUGAGGGAUGAGGGGUACAAGGCCAGCACAGCCCCCCCAACCCCCCUCCCCGUGAGCGUCAGGCCCAGCCGGGUGGGGAUUUUCCUGGACUAUCAGGCAGGUGAGGUCUCAUUUUACAAUGUGACUGACAGGUCCCAUCUCUUCACUUUCACUGACACCUUCUCUGGGACGCUCCGCCCUUAUUUCAAUCCUCGUGUCAGUGAUAGGGGUACAAACGCAGCUCCCCUGAUAAUCUGCCCGGUCCCAGCUCAGGCCGGGGGGAAUCUCUGUCCCUGACAGUGACCCCGUGGCACAGUCUGUCCCCUCCCAGCGCUGCCGCUCUUCCCCUCCGCCCCCCGUGGUAGGGCCAGUUACUGCAGCAACUGGACUUUUUGUGCUGACCGGACGCUGCCAGUUUCCCUUUUUAACUUCUCUAAAUAAUGUCAUUUGUAUCUCAACUGUGGAAUUUCAAGAAAUCCAAAAUAUUUAUCUUAACAAAAUAAACUAUUAAAUUGUCAGACUGGGGUGUUCAGUUACAAUGUACAUGUGUCAUACACAUCACAACUACACACAUGUGCAGCUUCUCUCUCUCUCCCUCCCCCCCCCCUUAUUGUCUUGACUGGUUCUCCCUGGAAGGCCUAGCACAUGCACCCACCUCCUGCACUACAUCUUUGAAAAUUAAUAGGUGAAAAAAUGAUAGAAUUAAUUAAGCAAUAUAUUUAACUUAACUCACACAAUAUUAUAUAAUAGUCUUUGAACUUCACAUUAAUUCAUGUGAUUAUUAACUUUCUAGCUACAUAUAAUUGGUAAUCACGAUAUGACCCUUCCUUUCUUUUUCUCACAUCAAUUAACAAAACAUGGUCCCCAACCUCAAACAGCAUCUUCCUAUAGAUAGAAAUCUCUUCUACAAUUUCCAUUUUUUUAGUUUAUUUUUCUUUAGAAAUAUUAUUUGCAGGCAAUGGACUGUCAGUGUCCACUGUUGAUUUCAGUGUACUGCCGGGCUCUUCAUGGUCUUGGUUAUAGGGACACCACAAAUGCAGUUUGAUAAAGAAAUUGAGAAGGGGUUGUAUUCCUUUACUGAAUCAUCACAAAUUAACUUAAUUGUAUUAUAGACACUGGCACUUAGUGACACAUAACAUGAAAAUUGAUGAAGCUUUAUUGGGAAACCUUUCUUCUCGGCCAUAAAUAAGUCAAAAAGGUGAUUUUUUUGUUGUCAU